GACAACUGAGAGAAAGGCGGUUACAAGGAAGGAGGGAGGGAGGGACAGCAUGGAAUGCUGUGAUGUCAUCAGCCAGUCAUACAUACAAAGACAAGGAGGCUCUCUUGACUCUCAGCUUACUUAGCAUACUCUGUUGUGGAGCAGCUGUCUACAUCCUACUAUACUCCAAUGAUGACAGGAAAUUGACGUGUGUGGGAGAAACUGUCCACUAAGAAAAGUGAUUUUAUCCUGUCCUCUUCAAAUGUGUGAGGAUGAUCACUUGUCGCGAUUUGUGAAGUUCCUCCAGAGAAGCAUCCUUCAGGAUUUUGGCACAUCAAAAUGUUUUGAAAGCAUGAAACUAUAAAAGCACGGCUGUUCACCUCUGGAAGGAGAAACUCCCUCCCUGCACCGCCUCAACCAGGUGGAACCCCCGACUGACCCGCUGUCUAAGCUGCCAAAUCUGCCACCACAAUGCUGCAACAGAUCCUAAAGGACAUGUACAUCGACCCCGAUGUGCUGGAGGCUCUUAACGAGGACCAGAAAAAGACACUGUUCCUGAAGAUGCGCCAGGAGCAGGUGCGGCGCUGGAUGGAGCGUGAGGAGAAACUAGAGCGAGAAGGCGAGAGGAAAGAAACAAAAAAAGCCAACAGCAAGAAUGUGAGCUGGCUGCUGGGUCGCGAUGGCGAUGUGGCCGUCAUUGUUAUCGGGGAAAUGGACGAGUUGACUUCCAAAUGCAUCAUCUCAGGAUUGGGAGAAAAAAAGGCACCCUGGCCACAGAACAAUUCAGUCAAUCAAACCAUUUUGAAAAGCAGAAUAAAUGCUGAAGUCAUGACUGACAGAGAAAACCUUCCUUCUCAGACACAACCUGGAAUAUCCUUGAAUUUGAAGGCCAAAUGUGAAGAGGCAAGCACUUUACACCCCCUGGCGGUGUCAGUGAGUGAACAUUCAUCAGCAUCUGCAACUGCACACAAGGAAGAGAAGUCACUAAAUGUGACCAAAGAAAAGCCCGUCUCCCAGCCCAGGCUUCCCAGGAGAACCAACGCUGUCAUGAUAAAGCCUGCCAAUGCGAGCGUGGCGCCGGGACCCGUCAACGCAAGACCCGCCGUCGCAAAUCUGAGGCAGGCCAGCGUGGCGUCAUCUCCUCCCCUCAGCGCCACGGCCAAAAUGGACAGCGGAACGGCGGCGGCUUUCAAAGUGGACUUGCAGUCACAGGGCUUUGAAAAGAUUGAGGAGUCACAGAAAGCCAAAGGAGUGAUCCUUCCUGGAACAUCAUCUGACGAAGGCAGAGGGGGGGACCUUGAACAUUCUCAUUCUAAAAACUAUUGUGUAUUAUAAUAGUUUGACAAAAUGUCAAUAAUGAGGAUGUGAAGCCUAUUUCAAGGAGACAUGCAUUUUUGUCAAAAUUUAUAAAACGGUUAACAAGUCUGUAAUAUGCUUUCGUCAAAAUAUCACAAGGAUCCGUAUUAUAGUUAUAUAUUUUCUCUUGCUAAAAUCAUUGUUUUUAGAGGCUGCCAAUACGAUUGGGUGCUGCAUGCAGCUAUGGUUGUUUUAAGUACGCGAGGUAUAAUUCUCUUUUUAGUUUUAGUUUGACAGUAAACGUCAACUGGGAGUGGCAUUUAACAGAUUGAAGCCUCCUUUUUUAUCUAUUGUUCACUAUUUGCCAAACUGCUGCCACCAUACAGCCUUCGCAAGUCAACGCAAAAAAAAUCGGUCUAUAGACAGCUCGUAUCUCAAAAACUCGAAAGUCACUCGUAUCUCAAGGCACCACUGUGUGUGUCCUUUAAAAGUAUAGUAGCUGUUGUUAUUAUUUUUACACUUCUAUGACAGUUUAUCAGAACACAUUGUGUUUCAUAGCUCCACUGUGUUAUGUUCAACAAUCUGCAAUGUGUUAGUGUUUGGUUAUAUUAACAUUUUGAAGAUGUGGCGCAUCUGUAGAAGCUAGUGCAUGUGUGUGUGCGUCGGUGUUUUGUAACCUCCUUUUUCUAUCAGCGGGGUCGGCUUUCCUCUCUUCUCUCCUCACCUUCAGAGGGAAGGACGCACAUUCCUGCGCCGCUUCCCGACUCUAGCCCUGGGCGACGCUCAGCCCCGUGCUGAUAAGUGACAGGGGCCCCAGUGGCGUGCACACACACACACCCUGCCCUUCUGUCCACAGACGUGCUGCUCGGGAAUUCUGCCCUCUGCUCCACUUCUGCCUCCCCCACCUCCUUCCUCUCUCGCUCUCCUGCUCACACUCUUGACGAGGGGUCUUCAAAGAGAGAGAUUGGUCUUUAAUUUCAGCGCCAGACUGGUCAGUGGCGCUAUCGCCCAACGCCUCCCGCACACCCACGCUCACCCACUCACUGUCAUCCCUUCCCCCACUAUGCACAAGGGAGUGAGAGAUCUAAAUUGAAGAUUUAUUAAUCAAUCCAGGAUGAUUAAACACCGAUAUUUUGGUCCACUUGAUGGUUUAUUUGCCGAGCAGUGUCUUUUUUUCUCAUUUGUUAUAGUCAGAUGACUACAUUCAAGAAUAGCGUAUACUGGGUGGGUGUUUUUUAUUUUGUUACCUUAGUUGACACUUAAAAAAAAAAAAAAAACACUCCCUCUUUCUGUCUGCCUCUGUGUUUAUUAAGUAUUCCACUCAGACCUUCACCAAGGCUCCGAGCACAAAAAACACACUUUGACCGCCACUCAGUGUGUGUGUGUGUGUGUGUGUGUGUGUGUGUGUGUAUCCGCAUGUGCGUCCGCCUUGCGCGCUCGGUGCGUGCCUGAAUGUGUGUCAGCCUCAAUUGCUGGAGCCUGCCCAAGGUUUCCGUGGUGACUGCACAACACAACGAGACAAUCAGGGGCAGGCCCACGCAGCGCUGAGAGAGGACAUUAACACAGGAACCGGGGGUGGGGUCAGAGGUCAGAGGAAGGCAGGCAGAAAGACGCUAAGCAACAAAGGUGAAGUCUAAACAGCAAUAAACAAUAACACAACCUACUUUCAUGUGUUCAUUUUUCAAAGAAAAGGCUUGAGGAUUGCCUGCCAUGUGUGCGUGCGUGUGAUGUGGAAAUUGGUCGCACGCCUGAGCGAAUUGGUGAGCAGGAGGGCCGCGUGAGGCUCGGCUUGGCGUUGUUGUUGUGUGGCGUGAGAAUGUGUCUCUUCAAAUCCCCACCGACAGAGACGCAUGCUUGUCGCUCUAUUUUGUGUGCGUGAAGACUGCUUAUGUAGCACACGCACACAGUCUCUCUCACAUAUCUGCGUCCCCCGGGGAUGACGCUAAAAAUAUGUGGCUCCUCAAGCCUUCUGGUGUCUGAGCAGCGUCUGUCUGCUCUCCAUUGCCUCCCUCCUCCCCUCUCUUGCGCCUGUUCCCUCCAUUCCUCCCUCAAUUACACCCUCUACCUCAGCGAGCGCACACACACACACACACACACACACACACACGCAUGCACAAACUACGGCCAGCUGUGUCCCCGCUGCACUUCCAUGGAGGAUGACCUCUGUUCAGCCAGGGUGGGAUAAAGGGAGGCGGAAAGGAAAAAAGAAAACAAAAAAACAAGAGUGGAGUGAAGAAAGAUGCAUUUGGAAAGAGGAAGUGAUAGAGGUGCUGAAAGAAUUCUAGCUUUAAUAACAAUCUUUUACAGUUUGCAUUUUCGUCUGCUUUUCCUGAAACAUAUUUUUAAGUUAUGUUCACCUUUAUUGGCACCAUCAUACUCCCUAAGGUGUUCUGUGCUGGAGAAAUUGUGGGAAAAUAGUGUGAGUAUCCCUCCAAGGAAUGAAAAAAAAUAAAAAUAGUGCAUGUGAUACAUAUUCAGUAGGUUUGUGGUUGUAUAGUGUAUUUUGUAAAACUACUGCUAUAACAACAUACUAAGUAUUUUUGCAAUAAAUGCUCCGACGCCAUGCAUUGCUUUGUAUUAAUAAAUAUCUAAAGUUACAAAAGAAACAGCUGGAAUUUUCUCAGAAAUAGUCUAAUAAAUAACAGUAAAAACGAGAUCACAGCGUAGAAGAGGCGAGCAGAGCAAUCUGACUGGACUCUGGGAAGCCAUGACAUCAUCACUUUUUGUGGAAAAAGUCCCAUCACAGUUCUUGCUCACUGAUUCAAUCACAAUAUAUUACAAAACAAAGUUUGCAUUUAACGAUUCAAAGUAGUUGUAUUGAUUAUCUUUUUUGAAAAUUAUUUUAUGCUUGAAGGGCCCUAUAUUUAAUAUUGUAAUGUACUAAUGUUACUGCCAUUACCAUUACAGUCAGCAACAUUUUUAAUAAUCAUUAGUACACAUGGCUUUGUUAACCAAUAAAUGCGUAAUAACAAUAAUUAUAUUCAUAGAUUUUUUUUUCUGCGCCUUUCAUGUCACUCAAGGUCACGUCACAGGAUUUAAAACAUGUAUAAUUGUUUUCAGCAUGAAAAAGAGAAAAGAAAAAGGAAAAAAAUACUAAAGGAAUAAAAAGAAUGUGAAUAAGUGUAAAACUUAAGAACCUCAAUACAAAAAUGCAUGCUGAAGAAGCUAAGCUAAUAAAUUAGCUAACAUUCUCUAUUGAGAAAUAAACCUAAUUUAAUUUGAAAAACCUUGUAGCAUUAGCUCCAGUUCUGGUGCUAACACAGCAUGUGAGGUGCACUGGCUGGUCCACUAGUAUUAAAGACCAAGAUCCUGUCUUGGAGUCACAAAGACAGACACUAUUCUUAUUAAAAGCCAAUGUGUCAUAUAAUUGCUUUGCGCUAUUAUUAUAAUAUAGGCGGCAACAUUUAUCUUCUGGCAAUACAAUGACAUCAUUGCUUUUCUGUCUGUGAUUGCGCUGAUGUUUCUGAUGUAAACGUCAGCUGUUUUGGAUCGUGGAAAGGUACUGGGAAGUGUCGCGACUGAUGUAAUCAUAGCUCCACAUGUUCAGCAGUGAUUCCCAUCAGGAGUGCUAUUUAUUUUCAUUAAAUUGAUCUGGACUUAUUCUUAGUAAAUGAAAUGUGGUUAACAAAGUAGCUGUAAUAACAUUUUAAAUAAAGCAACACCAGCAAAUUUGUAUUUUAUGAACAAAUGUCGAAUAGGCAAAAAAGGCGGUGGUAUUGUUAAUUUGUUCCAUUAUUUGUUUAUUUGUGUAAAGAAAUUAUACUGGGUGAGUUUAGCUCUUUUGAAAUCUCAGUUUUUUUAGUUAAAGGUGACCCAAAGGUUAUUGUUUUAAUAAUUUAUAGACCUCCAAGAUGCAAUGGAAAAUUUAUGGAGGACUUUUCAGAACUGCUGUCAGUUAUUUGUACUGACUACAACUAUUCUGACUUCUCUCAACAUAUUAAAAGUCCAACCCACACUCAAGGUCACAUCUUCGACCUGGUCAUCGCUAAGGAUGUUGAAAUUCUAUCAAUUGACAUUAAAUAUAUGGCUAUCUCUGACCAUUUUUGUGCAUUCUUUGAAUUACAGAUUCUUCCAAAAGUUCAGGCAACCUCUAUGUCUAUUAAGAAAAGGUACAUAAAUGUUAGUACCGCCACUAAGUUUAUGGACACCAUUGCUGUGUUGAGACAGUUGAUGAACUUUUGGAUAAUUUCACCUGUAAAAUCUCAAAUGUCAUGAAUUCUGUCGCUCCUAUCAAAACUAAAACAAUCUUGAGGCGACCUAGAACACCGUGGAGGAGCACAAUGAUGGUAAAGACCUCUAAAUCAAAGUGUGGGAAAGCAGAACGUAAGUGGAGGAAAACUAAACUCCAAAUUGACUAUGACCUCUACAGACAAAGUCUUUGCAAUUAUAACCAAGAGUUAGUCAGGGCUAGACAGCAACACUUUUCUGAAAUCAUCACAAAGAACCUCAACAAUACUCGCACUCUGUUUGCUGUGGUUGACAAGCUCACAACCCCCCUGGAUCAGAUAGCUCCAGAACUAUUAACAGCAGGUAAAUGCAAUGAAUUUGCUUGUUAUUUUAGUGAGAAAAUGCAAUCCAUCAGGUUAAAUAUUAGCACAAAUCAGCAAAAUGAUAAAAUGAUACUACAUCUGAAGCCACCCAGGAAAAACUUUAUUACCAUGUCAGAAUUUGAUACAGUUGACCAAAGAAACUAGAGAAAUCGGUUCAGCAGCUGAAAUCAUCAAUGAGUUGUCUUGACUCAAUACCAUCAGACUUUUUCAAAGCUAUUGCGAACUCUAUGCUAGCUGAUUUGCAUCAAAUAAUCAAUUGCUCACUUCAGUCAGGUAAGUUUCCUAAAGCUCUUAAAGUAGCAGCCAUUAAGCCUCUGCUAAAAAAUAGAACGCUGGAUGCUUCCACGUUAGCAAGCUCUAGACCCAUCGCAAAUCUCCCUUUCAUAGCAAAGAUUGUUGAGAAAGUUAUUUUUAAUCAACUCAGCAAUUUCUUGAACUUAAAUGGACUUUUUGACAAAUUUCAAUCAGGUUUCCGAACUCAUUACAGUACAGUAUCUGCUCUUAUCAAAGUACUAAAUGAUAUGAUGUUGAAUACUGACUUGGGAAAGGUGUCAAUUCUGGUCUUGUUGGACCUUUUGAUACGGAAGAUCAUAAUAUACUGCUGAACAGGUUGGAAACGUGGGUAGGACUAAAUGGAACAGUCCUUAAAUGGUUCCGCUCCUACCUGGAGGAAAGGAGUUAUUUUGUAACCAUUGGAAGUGUUCAAUCUCAUCGAAUGGCAAUAACCUAUGGGAUCCCUCAAGGGUCAGUUCUUCAACCCCUCCUGUUCAGCCUGUAUAUUCUACCCUUGGGUCAAAUUCUUCCGAACUUUAAUUUUGACUAUCAUAGCUAUGCAGAUGACACACAGUUAUAUCUAGCAGUGUCUUCAGAUGACAACAGUUCAAUUGAGGUGUUGUGUCACUGAUAAAUAACUGGAUGAGUCAACAAAACUGAAAUAUUUUGGAGGGGGGGGGCAAUAAAGAAAAGAGGAUUGCUGUUUGUAAAUACCUUUAGUCACUCUCUUUAAAAACCAAGUCCGAAACCUUGGUGUUCUGAUAGAUUCCGACCUGACUUUCAACAGUCACAUCAAAUCAAUUACUAAAACUGCCUUCUACCAUCUGAAGAACAUAUCCAGAGUGAAGGCUUGCAUGUGUCAAGCAGACCAGGAGAAGCUCAUCCAUGCUUUUAUCUCAAGUAGACUAGACUAUUGUAAUGGUCUUCUGACUGGACUGCCUAAAAAGAGCAUUAAACAGCUGAAGCUCAUUCAGAAUGCUGCAGCUCAGGUUCUGACCAGAACAAAGAGGUCAGAUCACAUUACUCCAAUCCUAAAGUCUUUACACUGGGUUCCAGUCAGCUUUAGAAUAGAUUUAAAAGUUCUGCUACUGGUCUGUAAAUCACUAAACGGUUGAGGUCCUGAAUAAAUGAAUGAAAUAUAAACCCAGUAGGGCUCUGGGAUCGACAGACUCAGGUCAAAUAAUGGAGCACAGAGUCCAAAGCAAACGUGGUGAAGCAGCAUUUAGCUAUUGUGCUGCACACAAAUGAAAUAAGUUGCCAACAGAAGUGACAUCAGCCCCAAGUGUGCAUGUUUUUAAGUCCAGGUUAAAAACUUUUCUUUUUUCCCCCCAUGCUUUUUAGAGCAUUUCCACUUUUAAAUGAUAUUUCUUGCACUGUACGCUGCUUUAACUAUUUUAUUUUUUGCCCUCUUUGUUUUAAAUGUUUAUAAGCUGUUUUUGUCUUUGUUUUUAAAUGCUUUUAAUCAUGUAAAGCUCAUUGAGUUACCUUGUGUAUGAAAUGUGCUAUAUAAAUAAAUUUGCUUUGCUUUGCUUAAAUUGGUUGUAAAACGAUUUCCUACAAAUAAUGUAUAUUUUUUCAACUAUCAUGCCAGAGAUGUACAGUGACAGGCAGAACAAUUAAAUGCUCCUCCAGUAGGUGUCAAAAGGUACAAGCAACCUGUGUAUUCACCUGUUGCCAUUCAUACAACAGAAUUGUAGCUUUGUUUAACUAAACAGUGUAGAUAACACUGAAACUUCAUAGGGGACCUUCUCUGCCUCUUCUUUUCACUCUCAAUUAGACUGCAUCUCUUCCAGUAAACCUCUGUGCUUCCCUGCAUGUUGCGGCAUACCGUGGUACAACACUAAAGGUGUCUAAAUAAAUACAGACUUGCCCGUAUACUGUAAAAACUCAUGAAAUGGCCCUGUUUGAACGUAUUUUGAAAUAUUUGUGUGAAUGCGUGACUCUGUUGGUAUCCGCAUAAUAUUGCUUGUUGUCCUGGCUGAAGGGUCUUUCUUAAGCAAAUAU